CAUUUGGUGUUUGGUGAGCGCUGAGCGGCUGAGCUAAGUGUAUAAUCUAUGGGCUGAGCGCAAUUAUUUUCAUAGGACAAGUCAGGCAAAGCAAAGCUGAGAGUGCGAUCCAGUGCAAUGAGUGCAAUCAAUGAGCUGAAAUCAUGAACUAUAGCUCUUAAAAUAUAAUAAUAAAAUUACGAUUAGUUCCAACAAAAAAUACUCUUAUUAAUAUUAUGCUCUCUUAGGAGAGUAUUACCUAUAUUUUUUGGACUAAUAUAUUGAAUAUAGGCCAAUCUGAUUCUUAAUAAUACAGCGUUAAUUUACAUAUAUUUUUCUCAAUCUCGAGACUAAUAAUUUGAAUAAUUUUAUGUUUAUUAAUUUCAUAAAACAUUGGUGUGACUACUCGUAUUCAAUUAAAUAACAUAAAAAAUUAAUGAAAAGUGUCUACUUCACAAAAACGUUAAAAUUAAAUUGAAAGCUAUGAGCGAUGAAAAACAGCCACUCCUAACUGGACCAAACAGUCCAGAAAAUGUAAUUGAAAUACAAUCAACCGAACCAGUGAUAAAUGAUGAUGGUCCUUCAACUGAGAAAACAAAAGGCGACUAUUGCCCUGCAUCAGAAAGGUGUUUAGAAUAUCCAACAUCAAACUUUGAUACAAUGAUUCAUCUUCUUAAAGGUAAUAUAGGAACGGGGAUACUAGCUAUGCCUGACGCCUUCAAAAAUGCGGGACUUAUUUUUGGUGUAUUUUGCACAUUGAUUAUGGGUGCUAUGUGCACUCAUUGCAUGCACAUAUUAGUACAGUGUUCUCAUGAACUAUGCAUAAGAAGUGAAAAACCAGCUUUGAGCUUCUCCGAAGUUAUUGAGGACUCGUUUUUGUCAGGACCGAUUGUAUUUCGACCAUAUGCAAAGAAAAUGAGGGCAUUAGUCAAUAUAUUUCUCGUUAUAACGCAACUGGGAUUUUGCUGUGUGUAUUUUUUAUUUGUCGCUACUAACCUUCAAGAUACAAUGCAUUUAUUUCGUAUAAAUCUAAGCGUACAUUUGUACCUGACUCUGUUAUUUCCGCUAAUCGUCGCAUUAGCUAUGGUAAAAAAUUUAAAAUAUUUAACACCAGUGUCUCUGGUGGCAUCCAUAAUGACAGCUUGGGGCCUAGCUAUCACGUUCUACUAUAUUCUUCAAGAUUUGCCGCACUCUAAAGAAGUGAACCCGAUAGCCACAUGGCACCAGUUACCAUUGUAUUUCGGUACAGCAAUAUAUGCGUUCGAAGGAAUUGGAGUGGUAUUACCUCUGGAAAAUAACAUGAAAACUCCUGAAGACUUUGGUGGAUGGAACGGCGUUCUGAACACGGGUAUGGUCAUAGUGGCAGCUCUGUACACCGCAGUUGGAUUCUUUGGUUAUUUAAAAUACGGAGACAGCGUCCAAGGUAGCAUAACUCUGAAUUUACCGAAUACUUUAUUGGCCCAAAGCGUUCGUUUUGUGAUGGCAGCUGCUAUAUUUUUGUCUUACGGCCUUCAAUUUUACGUGCCAAUGAACAUUGUUUGGCCCUACGUGAAAUCUAAGCUUUCAUCGGAAAAUGCUUUAAAGCACGGCGAGGCGAUGACCCGUAUCGCCCUAAUUUCAAUAACGUUUUUGGCUGCAGCGAUGAUUCCGAACUUGAGUGGAAUAAUUUCAUUGGUUGGCGCGUUCAGUAGCUCUGCGCUCGCACUCAUAUUUCCACCACUGAUCGAGAUCAUGACGUUUUGGCCGGAUCAGCUCGGGAAAAACGAUUGGAAAUUUUGGAAAGAUAUCGUCAUUAUUGUUUUCGGUGUAACAGGUUUCCUGUUCGGUACUUAUACUAGUAUAGAGAAUAUAUUAAUAAAAUCUUAAAUUAUUUAAAUUUUAUUACAAUUCUAUAUAAUCGAAUAAUGACAUGAAUAACUAACUACCAAAGAUUUAUUAUGAAUAUAAUCAUGACAAUAAAAUUUUGUAGCGUUCUGCUUUUGUGGCUAUUAUUAUUAUGAAACAUUAAAUAUUCUGAAUAUGAUAAGAAAAAAUAUAAAGUAAUAUAUAAUAUUAUGAUGUAUUAUUACUAGAUUAAAUAAUAUUAUUUUGACUUAGAUUUUAAUAUGAUUAAUAGAAAAAGAUUAUGAUAAAAAAAAAAAACUAGUACCUGGCUGUUUAAAAUGUUUAAUAACAUUAUGUAACAUAAUGUGAUAUACUUUGCGAAUGUAAAUGUUUUACUUUUAUUAUUUUUUAUAAUACUAUUCUAAUUUUAUUAAAGUUUAUAUUUUAUUUUAUUACUGUUAGUACGUGACUAUGUGAUAAUUACAUAAAAUGUAAAACAUUAAUGGUUUACUGUUAUUAAUUUUAUUAGUUCAUAUUAUUUAACUAACGUCUUCGUUAAUUGUUCAUUAUAACCACAUUGUGAAGCUGUUUCUACAUUUGUAUUUAUAUUCUCUGUCUAAUUGACGAUCUCGUAAUAAUUUGGUUAUUAUUAAUGGCUCUAACUAAACACUCGGCAAAUGAAAAUUUGGUUGAAUUUCUUUUGUAACAACUGCAUAAAAUGUCAUAAUAUCAUAGGAUUGCAUAAUAAUUUUUGACACUAAAACACAUAACGCACCGUUUUUUGUCCAAUAUUAUGACUGUAAGAAAAAUCUUACGUCGAUGACUGCAACUACAAUGCACAAUCAUAACAUUUUCACAUCCGAAUCCCACGUUUGUGGAGGUACAAUGUAAGAUUUAGAAUAAUGUAUGAACCAUUUUUAUUGUAUGGGUCAUGAUAUAAUAUUAUAGCUAGAUUAUGUAUUAGCCUGCUAUUUAUGUGUAUUUAAAUAUAGAAUUUCUUAUUAAAUGUCAUCAUAGUAUGACUGUCUUAACAAAAUUUGCCGAAUAUUUAUUCUAAUUACAAUAAAGUAAUUUAAAUUGAAUAUGUAAUAAGAUCUAAGUAAUAUGACAUUUUAAAAAUAUUUUAAAUGUGAAAGAUAAAACGACGGAUUUAUUUUCGCAUAUAAAAAAGAUAUUUGACGAGUUGAGAUUAGACACUGACUGUUAUAGUAUUCAGAGAACAUAUUGUUUUCUUUAGAUAUAAUCUAAAAUUGCAUUUAUAAAUCUAAAUUCGUUCCUGUUACUGUUGAAAUUAUUUUAAGCUUACAUAAUUGUAUAUCAAAGCUUACAUAUAUCUUAUUUUAGUUAGAACGAUUAUAUGUAUAUUCUGUCGUUUGUUCAUUGGACGGCAUGAGCUAAUAAUAUUAUAUUAUUAAGACAAAAUUAUGUGUGUUAACCAAUUCGAUUUAGUCAUUUCAUAAUAAGCUCGUGAAAAGAAAAUGCAAUUGUGCUUUUGUUUUAAAAAUAUACGCACUAAAAAAUUAA